UGAAUUAACAUAAGACAAACCGCUGGGAAGAAAUUGUUAGUUUUGGCUUGACACUUUGUGAUAUUAAACACUAUGAUAUGUAUCUCAUACCAGCGAGGCAAUCCACUCCCUAUACGAAUAUGUCAACAUAAGUUUACAUCAAAUCUCGGGGUUAGUACGUACGGCUUGGCAAAUAUUAGUUUAAUUAAUUGUGUAUUUACUCGCGUUAAUUACCUGAUGAAAUGGAGAAAUUAACAGCAUUUGUAUCAAGGUUCGAAGGGGAGAAAACAAUUUCAUCCGAAGGUAUUUUGGCUCCCUCAAGUAGCUUGACAUCAACAAAGUCUCCAGUGUUCAGUUCAUCAAACUCUUUCAACAUUGCGAACAUUUUAAGUAAAGAAACUGGAAGAAGGUACGAAAACGAAGUGGAAGAAGAUCUUAUGCAAAACACCAACAGCAGUGUGACAGAAGCAAGCUCUGGGAAUGAGAAGGUAUCUCUCACAGGCGCAAUUCGCGUGAAAAGUUCAAGAAACAGAAAAAACUUUAGCGCCGAACAAUUAUCCGAACUGGAGAGUUUAUUUGAUCAAACUCACUAUCCAGAUGCCUUCAUGAGAGAAGCCAUUGCAAGACGACUCAUGUUGUCUGAAACAAGGGUGCAGAUUUGGUUUCAAAACCGGCGAGCGAAAUCACGACGGCAGGAGACGAACUCCAACAGAGGUACUGGUUUACCUGCCACGAAAACUACGUAUAGUGAAAAUCACGCGCUGCAAGAGCUCUUUCAAGGAUGGUCCCGUUCUCCUUAUGCAUUUCCUACUUUAAAUCUUCAUUCAUCUGGUUCAUCGCUAAUACCGUUCUCUCGUGAUCACAGAGAAGCAUUCUGUGAGAGGGCCAAUGCAAUAAAAACCUCUCAACGACAAUCAAGUAUUGCUGAACUUCGUAUGAAGGCGAGACAACACACAGGAACAUAUAUGAGUAAUCGUUAAUAAUUAUUUGAACUACUGGAUUGUUCGUGCCUAAACAAUGUCUAUUGAAUGAUAGCAAAGUAAUCUAAAGUGAUUGAUAACUGUAUUAUAUAAAUGUCACGGGUGGUCGUUUUUUAAUACAAUACAAAAAAACUGUUAUUAAAAUUGACAGUACAAAAAUGCAUGGUAAUGUAGAGAACAUACCGCAACCAUGCACCACAUGCGUCAGGAACAAAAAUAUCAUCCUAAUUGCAAGAACUUCAAUCAUACUUAUUAGAACCGUGAACAAUGUUAAUGACUGUUCUCACGACAGGAGUUAUGGUGUAUACGAGUAAAAAUAUACGGGCAAUCGUAUUAUGGCGUGGUGUGUCAUAAUCAAUAAUAAUGAUUGCCCUGACGAAAUCGUUCAUUUUCGGUGAAUA